CUGCAGAGAUAGAAAAUUGCCGCUGUCGCGGAGGGCUAUCGGAAAAAUCCAAUGGCAACGGCGCUUCGCUUAUCGCCGCUCUGCUCCGCCGUGAGAGCUUCGUCUAUCGACACUGAACAGAGACUCCCUUACAAUCGGCAACGAACAUAUCCCAAAAAGCAAGAGGCCUUAACGGCGGUACCAGCAUCUUCUUCAGCCAUCCAGCUUGAUAAGUCUGCGGCUAGAAUUUCCAUACCCGACCUUCUUAGACGAGACAUUUCUAAAACUACUGAAGCGGAAUUAGCUGGCUCGUAUUUGGGGUAUGAAACAUGGGUGCCCAGUCCACCGAAAGUAGAGAAGCCUCGGUCUGUGUUGAAUCCUGCAUCACUUGCUUACAUUGGUGACUGCAUUUACGAGCUAUAUGCACGCAGGCACUUUUUGUUUCCACCACUAAAUAUUGAAGAAUUCAACGAUCGUGUGAUGGCUGUCGUACGUUGUGAGGCCCAGGAUGCAAUGCUGCAGAAGCUAAUGAAUGAAAAGUUCUUAACCCAAGAGGAGAGGGAUGUCCUUAGGUGGGGGAAAAACAUUGGUUCUUCCAAAACAAGGACAAAGAAGCGAGCAGGUGUAGCAGUUUACAACAGAGCAUCUUCUCUGGAGACACUUGUUGGUUAUUUGUACCUUACAAAUGUUCACCGGCUUAACGAGAUCAUGGAAAAAAUAGGGUUCUCAACUGAUAUUUCUACCUCCUUGGAACAAGUGUCUUAAAUAAGGUUUGAAGAUUUAUCCCCCAGAAAUGACUGGGCUUGCCAAAGAAAAUAUCUCGAUGAGGCCUUUGCCCGGUCACUUGCAUUGCCAGAAUAUACAAAAUUCGAGAGAAUGUAAUCCUUGAUCAAUUAAAGAGAGCAAGCACUCCAAGGUUAGUCAUGUGAGCCUAUUAUGCAUUGUUAUGUUAUACAAAUUUGUAUUCAAGAGUGAUUUAUUUGGAUCACAGGUCUGUUACUUUCAUGGUAGCUAUUUAAAAAACAGCAAUCAUCACUUCAAUGCUUGAAGCCAUAUAUGCAUUUAAUGUAGCUGCCCGAAACUUUAAAUUUCAAGGGGUUGGCCCCCCUAUUAGUAUCUUUCUUUCUUA